GAAGCCCGUGAUAAAGGCAAAUGGCCGCCGCAGUGUACGAGAGCGGGUUACGCGUGUGACGUUUUUCCGCGACAGUUUCCGACGUACAGCAUGUAAAAGACGUACGAGUCGAUCGUCCAACGGGAAAGCGUGAUGUGAACGGCAAGCGGAAGCUUGAACGGUGUCUCCGUGGCCGGGCGAUGGACGGUGAGAAGGUUAGUGCGGUGAUGAAAUCGGUGUCGGAGGGUGAGCUGGGCGUGGAAGAGGUUAAAUUGACGGAAUCGAGAAUACAGGGGGAUUCUACGUCCCGUUUGAAGCGUACGUUCACAUUGCCGAGGAAUCCGUUCAAAAGUGCUAGCGGUAGAAUGUCGCGGCGGCGACCAAAACAGAAUCGCGACUCGAAAGACAACGGUAAUUCGGCGAGCACCAAAGACAGAAACAAUAUGCAGCAUCAGCAGCAAGUGGAGAGCAUGCAGCAGCAGAACAUGGGACGAUUACAGAACAGUCAUAGUUAUUCGGACAGGCCGGGUGUGAAGAAAGUGUUUCGUAGACCGUCCUGGAAGAAGUUCAUCAACAAAAUGGUCCAGCACAUGUCUAACGUGGGCACGCAGAAUCACAAAACUUCUCAUAGGGACGAUCUUGGAUCGAGUGCCGGAGAUAUAAGGGUUCCACCACCUAGACCAGCGCAUAUACCGCCUGACAGAGUACCAGGGGUCAUAGGUUUGCGCAAUCACGGUAACACGUGUUUCAUGAACGCCGUGUUACAGUGCUUGUCGCACACGGAUAUACUCGCGGAGUAUUUCGUUCUGGACCAGUACAAGAUCGAUCUAUCGAGGAGGAACAAAUUGAAUUCAAAGAAGUAUGGAACGAAGGGUGAGAUCACUGAACAGUUGGCCCUUUUGUUAAAAGCUAUCUGGAGCUGCCAGUAUGACCCCGAGAUGAGCACAGCGUUCAAGAGCGUCGUCGACAAAUACGGAAGUCAGUACCGCGGUAAUUUGCAGCACGACGCUCAGGAAUUCUUACUUUGGUUACUGGACAAAGUGCACGAAGACUUGAAUCAAGCAACCAAAAAGAAAUACAAGAUUAUCAAGAAUUCCUUCGGCAGGCCUGAUGAUAUCGUCGCGGCGGAAACGCUGGCGAAUCACGUCCGCUGCAAUAAUUCGUUCGUGCACGCGGUGUUCCAAGCCCAGUUUCGGUCUAGUCUCACGUGUCCGAGGUGUCACCGACAGUCGAACACGUUCGAUCCUUUCCUCUGCGUGUCGGUGCCUGUCCCGCAGCAUCACCGCCAGAUGAACCUUUUCGUGAACGUCCUCUACACGUCGCAGCAACCGCGGCAAGUGAAGAUCGGCGUAAGCGUUAAUCAAACGGCCAAUGUGAGGGAACUCAGAGAGAUUCUGGCCAGCGACACUGGCAUCGAUGAGAAUCAUAUGUUACUCACAGAAAUCCACGACGAAGGAUUUCACAGAACUUUUUCCGAUUGCCAACCCCUAUCUGUGAUCACGGAAAACGAUCCACUCUAUUGCAUAGAACUGCCACAACUGAAGGAACCCACGGAGCAGGCGUACAUCCUGCUCGUGUGGAUCAACGUCCUCGUGAAAGGGGACUUGAGACAACGUUUCGGCAGCCCCUACACUAUGCAAGUGUCUAGGGAAACGUCGUACGAGGACUUGCAGAAGCUUCUGUUAAAGGAGAUGCAUAGCGUUUUAGCCGAUGACGUUCUUACGUCGAGUCAAACUCCUGGCCUGUUUAACAUUAGAGUGGCGGAUCCUGCUGCUACGCCUAUUCAGGACGAGCAUCCUUGUAUAGAUCCCUGUGUGGAGCAUCCACUUUACACGGAACAGAUCGAACAAGCGCUGGCUCUCUGCGCCGAUGACUCCGGUCCUCAACAUGUGAAAUUAAUCUUGGAGUGGGACGAAGCCGCUAAAAGUAACAUCAUUCAGGAUGACAGUGAUCAAAUCGAAGAACAUGCCAGUGUGAAGCAGUUAAAGACUAAUUCGGAACUCGGUGGUGCCGUCACUCUGGAAGAAUGUUUUGACUUGUACACGAGAGCCGAGAUAUUAGGCGCGGAAGACGCUUGGCAUUGUCCGUAUUGUAAUAAAAAACAAGAAGUAGUGAAGAAGUUAGGCCUAUGGUCUUUGCCAGAUAUCUUGGUCAUUCACCUAAAAAGAUUUCGACAGCAAUCGAAGCAAAGAUCCACAUCGAAGUUGACUAUGUUAGUUGAUUUUCCAUUGUACGGUUUCGAUAUGACUCCUCAUCUCGCUCACAACGGUGUUCAGGCGCAUAAUAACGUUGGUAGUUUAGGCGGUUUGGGCUGGUCGCCUUGGAAGAAGCCCAGGCCUCGACAGCAGAAUAUCCCGAAGUACGACGAAAACGUCUACGACCUUUACGCGAUCUGUAAUCACCACGGUCAGGAUUUGCAAGGUGGUCAUUACACCGCGUUCUGUCGGAACCCGUACGAUACUCAGUGGUACUGUUUCGAUGACACUCGAGUGGAGGCCGUGAACGAUACCAAUUUAAUAACGAACGCGGCAUACAUGUUGUUCUAUCAACGGCGGGGUUUAACGAACAAUUCGGGAAAUUCAUCGGCUGCAUCGACUAGCUCAGCCGGCUCAGGGCUCGAUCAUUGGGUAUCGAAGAUGCCUCCUUUCUAUUUCAACAAUAAGACUAAUAACAAUGUUACGAACAACAAUCAAAGUAAAUCGCAGGAAGUUUUGUGUCAAGAUAAAAUCGUCGAGGAAAAGAACAUGACGAAUUUCAACAGAGGGUGUCGCAACUAUGCUACUUUGCAACCCAAGAAGAGGAACGUUGCGACAGAGACAGAUAUUGGUCAGAUCGACCAUUACUCAGACGAUGAAGCACCUUGUAGAAGAGAAUGGGCCUCACCGAAACCUAUCCGGAAGAUGUCGUCUAUCACGUUAACGCCCCACGUACCGCAGUCCACGAUAAUUCACAGUGCCAGUAGUGAUCCAGACACAACGAUAAUACACGAGUCGACGUUGUAACACACAAUUUAAGCCAGAUUCAAUCUGGCUCGAGCAACGCUCAAUGUAUAGUGCCUGGAACAUGGUGUGUGGACGAUCAACAGACAACAGUUAGAACUGAAAAGACGAUUGCUCGCAAAAGUUAGAUCCAUUCGCGUUUCGUAUCGAACAAUCGAUAUACGUAGUCCAUUUAGAAGAGAAUUACAAAAAUUUCAGUCCGAAUUUGUACGUAUGAUUUUCUUUUGUAUUAGGCAUCAGCCGAGAAAGAUAUGUCAAGAGCCUCUCUACAACGUCUCUUCUUAAAAAUAAAAAAAAAAACAAAUCGCUACUUUCGACGAACAUUUUCGAGGAACGAAAAACGAAGCUCGAGACAUUAAUGAUUUUUUUGUAUUUAUAAAGUGUUUAUAUACAAAUCGCGUGAAUUGUAUUGUACAUUGUAGUUAUUAGAAAAGACUUUUUAAGAAAUGGACAAAUGUUCUAUUCAGUAUCAAGAGCUACGAAUCCCUCAUGUACGAAUCGUCUAUUGUUGAUACUUAGAUUUUCAACGCAAUAGAUAUCCAAUAUCCUACAUAUGUCCAGUAAGAAUGUACGUGUGUCAAAGAAACUUUGUGCGCGACCCUCACCCUUUUUCAAACCUGCAUGCGUCGCGUCACGAUGAAACAAUGACAAUAACUGAAUCCUGGACGUCCAUCAGGAUUCACGUAUUAAAGUGAUUUCGUUCCCAAUAAAUGGUUCUUACUUG